UCUCAUUGUAAACCAUAUUUAUCAACAGCAUUCUUAGAAACACAAUCCAUUCUUCACACUUCAUUCUUCUGCCACGAAGCUUAAUCACAGAUGGAAUCUUUCCACCCUACUCCUGUUGUACCUUCCAACGCACCAUUAUGGGCUGAAAUCGACCAAGAUCCCCGUAUCCUGAGGGAGCAGUGUGCCAAUAGACAGCUUGGAUAUCUCCAGACACAGAAUACCCAAGACUACUACUCGACCAUUAACGAUGACUCCACGUGCGGGUCAGCUGGUGCUAGAGCCUCGGCAUACCAGCCAUUACAAUUCGGUCAAGGUCGACCAGGCAAACCCCAUUAUCCUUGGAUGGCAGGGCUUGCCCAAAAGUAUGAUCCAAAUUCUCAACAUCUAUUCAACAAUGUCAACCGUGGCCGAUUUCGUGGACUGGGCAAUAUUCCUACUGGUAACCAAGAAAAGGACCAAGAUGCAGAGAGGAAAGCCAGGCUUCUUGCAUCAAGGUUUCUGCGGUGCGAUGGAUAUAUCAAAUAUCGAAACAGGCAGCCCAAGGAGAAGAAAGGCAGCAAGGAAGAUGCAAAAUGGCCCGACCACAUUGAGGAUGCCUUCAUCAUAGCUCUCUGUCGCCACCCUCCAUGUGGUCGCAAGAAGUCAAAAGCCCCUGGUGAGGAACACAAUGAUGACGCAAAGGCGAUGGGUAGGAACGAGCUCAUCGCCGACUACAUCUUCCGCAACACAGGCGACGUUCGCACCAGGAAGCAGGUCUCGAGCCAUAUUCAAGUGCUGAAGCCCUUCGUACAAAACGAAGCGAUUAUCAUGCGUUUCCUUGCCACUCCUGGUGAAAAAGAAUCUGCCGCCACCAAAGCUGCUCGAAAGAGAGCGUCCGUGUACAACCCUGGCACGCAAAUGCGUAACAAUUUGCUGAAUCAGCAUCGAAAUUAUGCUCUGCUGACAGCUUUCGAUUUACAACCUGAGGAGUUUUGCAUGUUUAUGCGACCUCCGCCUCCAAAGGCAUCUGAAACUCUACACACAUACAGCACUACCGAGGGAUUCAGUCCGAGCCAUUACUUCGUACAAACGCAAGCAGAGCUCUAUGAUUGUUUCCCUGGUCUGGCUAAUAUCCCACCGGAUAGAUUCGCAAGCGGAAAAUUCCUUGCCCUGCAUGCGCCUAUCGUGCUGCAUCCCAAGGAUCUGGUAGGUGAGACCGAGCUUGCAAUUCGCUGGGUGUUCAAAGCUCCUGCUCGCAACCCGCCGGUCUCAGUCAGCAGUCGUACACGCUUCUAUCUCAAUGGCCGACCCAUAUACCUUGACAGUGCGGGUAAUCGAGAGUUCUACGACAACCAAGACCGCGAGCUCACGAAGGCCGAUGAAGACGAUUGGCACAAGUUCACCAAAGAGUAUGAUGCCGCCGAGGUGUCUGAACACAAUGAUAGUCUCGAAGUCGACUUUAACGGCAACUAUACGUCAAGAGUGAAGAGUGAUGGAGGUAUGGUUCAGUACUAUGUGCCGUUCAGUAGUACCUUCUGGGCACGUUACCUUUGGCACGUAGCUACUCUUCAAAGACAAACUACCGAUCUCGAAACCCGUCCCUUGCAACGAGACGAAAGCAACGAAGACCGCCACAAUCAACUGAACAAGAAACGGCUCGAAGUAUCGAGGUCUCUAGCAGAGCUCACAGCUGUUCAAGAAAUCAUUGCAAGAACAGAGAUGGGAGAACCUCAGGUAGUCUUGACAGUGCAUUUUUCGUUUUCGCACGCAAUGAACAAGGAAGCUGCGGUGACGACGUGGCAGUAUUUGGACAUGACAAGCGCGUUCGAAGAUGCGAUUCCCUUGUCCGCUGGUGGGGUGAGUCAGAUAUCGCAAUCCGCAAGCGACAGUCAGGAAAGUGCACUCAGCGUCCAAGACGCCUAUGGCGGAGGAAGCCACGACUAUGCUACUUUCGACUUUUCCGCAACCAACUCCGGUCAUCAUGUAAACAAUCACCAUGCCUAUACUGAUCCUUCCGACACUGGUGCGAAUGCAUUGGCUUCUCCUAUCGAUCUGCAUGAUUCACAGGCAACGACAAGCUACAACACUUCGUGGCUCCUCCCAACCUCAGCAACUGACCUUGACCAUCUCGCUUCGACCGUUCUUGAUCCUCUACUGCCUCAUAGCACCCAAUCGAAUAUGCAACAACACAACUUGCACGACAUGAACAACUUUGAUUUCAGCAACGGCAACAUUUCCAUCUCCCUCGACAGCUCGGCGUUGUCACCGCAUCAACCCGUUCCCCAUUCCUCUGCCGCCUUCUCGUCCGCCAUCGACGCCUUAGAUCUCGAUCUCACAGCUACCGACCCACUACUCUUACAGCCGUCACGUACCGCAACCCCAUGGAUGCAAAGCUCGAACGCUACACCCACCGAUUAUGCUGCAUUGUUCAGUCAGCCGCAUUCACCCGCCACUGCUAGCUUCCCCGAUUAUGGCAACGGACAUGGCGCUGAACUCGCUGAUCAUCUCGCCGCCGCUGCUGGAGGCUUGACCGACACAUUCGACGUCAACUCUUUACCAAAUUCGUUCUCACUGACAGCGCACCAAGCAUACGCUGGUGCCGGCAACGGAGCUUCUGAUCUGGACCACACAUCACGCCAACACAGCUUCUCAGCCGUACCCGAAGACACAGAAGCCGGUGGUGUCGCCGUACACGACAACAAUCACUUCUCACCGACCCAACAUCAAGGGUAUGGCUACAUCAAAGGAGAGUUUUCGCAGCACGAUGGUUUCGCCCUUCCGCAACAACAAGAAAGUUUCGACAGCACUCGGCAGGAUUCGUUUGCCAGUCACGCCGACGCCUUUGCCAGCCAGACAGAUACCCACGAUUUCGCCCAUUCUUUCGACGUAGGCGCUGACAAUAGUUUCGACGUAAAUGACUUGCAUGAAACACAGCCGAGUCAGAGCCACAACCACAGCCACCAUCAAGAAGCUUGGGCAGGCGCCGGAUUUUGAACACAUUACCUCGACAAUCAGCGCUUCGUCUGAUAUUUAACUACAAGCUCGAAGUCACCACUCACGUUCUUUCUGCCAUCUCACUACAUCUUUACCCUCUCAUUUG